AUGUUAGAUGAAGCUAAUAACUUUCAUCCUAACAUUAAACUAGUGCGACAAAUUGGUAGAAAUGUUCCAUUUCUUGAUGUACUCAUUGAGAAUAGAAAGGGCACUUUAACAACUUCAGUGUAUCAUAAAGAAGCAGCUGAGUCGUAUGUCGUACCAUUUGGAUCAGAUCACCCUGGUCAUGUUUUCCGAAACACUGUUGAUACUGCUAUUACGAGAGCAAUUCGUUAUUCAACAACCUUAUCUGAAUUCGAAGAAGAAAUACGACAAAUGAAACUCAUUUUUCUCUAUAAUGGCAUUAAACCAAAUGAAGUCGAAUUAGCUCAUUUAUACUAUUUACCAAAAGCUCAUAAACCUGGUACUCCUUUAAGACCAAUUAUUUCUGAUGGCUUUAAAUUCUUCUGUCCUUCUGGUUUUGAUUUAGUUAAACAAUUACAACAAUGGUCAAGAAAUAAUUUCAGACAAGAUACUCUAUUUUGUACAAUUGAUGUUUCGGAUCUUUAUACUAUGGUACCUCAAAUAGAAGGAGUAUUGUCAUUAAAGAAAAUGUUAGACCAGUUGAAAUUAAAACAAAUUGGCGGUCUUAAAUCAAUUUUAUCAUCAAGAGGAGGAGCAAUGGGUUCUCCUCUUACUCUAAUUAUUUCCAAUUGCUGUAUGUACUUCUUUGAAAGACAAAUAGUUAAUCAAAUUCGAAAUAGUGGUGGACUAUAUUUCCGAUAUAUUGAUGAUAUAUUUAUAAUAACUAACUGGCCUGGUCGACAUCUACUUAAAGAAGUCGAUAAAUGGAAAAAAUUCGAUGAAAAUAUUAAGCUAUCUGCAAGUAUUGGCCCAACUAUCAACUUUCUCGAUUUACAGAUUGAAAAUAAAGAUGGUCAACUAUUGACAACAGUUUAUCAAAAACCAUCCUACGAACCAUAUUACUUGCCAUUUAAUAGCAUUCAUCCAUUACAUAUGAAGAAGAAUAUCCCAUUUUCUAUGUUACUCCGAGCUAUCCGAUACUGUUCAGCAUUCCAAACGUUUCUAAAUGAACGUGAAAAGUUGAGAAUGGCACUAUUACUGAAUAAAUAUCCAAAUAAAAUAAUUGAUGAACAAUUCAAUAAUAUGCUGUUAAAAUUCAAUGUCAAUGGACCAUUAAACUUUAAUAAUUAUGGCAGAUACCGUCAAAUAGUUAUAAACUCUCCUGUAAAAGAGAAAUCAUCUAUCAAUUACGAUAAAUCGAUAUUUGCCCACUUUACUUACUGUUCAAGUAUGAAGACGUUUCCUGUAAAAUUCCAUAGUCUAUGGGACAAAUACUUCGAUAAAUCUCCAAUCAAUGAAGUUAUUCCAAUUCUUGGUACAAGAAAUGUCGACAAUCUCCAACGACGGCCAGAUAUAGAUCCUCACUUUUACACGAAAACAAUACAAAAUGUUCAACAUUUUUUCAAAGUUAAAGAUCCUUUUGAUAAAUUUCUGCAAUCUGACGUAGUUUAUUGUGUUAAACGUAAUGAUUGUGAAGAUCUUUAUGUAGGGAAAACAGAAAGACAACUAGUUCGACGCCUUAUUGAACAUAGUUCACCCAAACAAUUACUAACUGAUACCAUCCAUAAACAACUAUCAACACAUGCUCCAUUAGUUUUCAAUGUAAUCAAUGAACAAAAUACACACCCAACAACUAACUUAACUAUAAUCACAACUGAAACUACUGAAAAUGAUAAACAACUAAUAAAAUCUAAAAACAACACUGACCUUCAAGUUCAAUCCGGUGAUAAUUCUUCAACUAUAUAUCAAUUGAAAUCGUAUGAUACAUUUAAUUUACUUAAAAAACCUAAUGAAUUUAAUACAAUUGAUAAUCAAUACAAACAUAUGAUUGUUGACAAUAGUAAAGUAAAUGUAAUAGAAAGGUGUCAUGAUCACACGAAUAACAAUACUGUAAAUUCAAUUGAUACGUAUGACACACAAUACCAGGAUAGUGAUAAGGAUAAAAAUAAAUUUCAAGAUGAUUCUCGAAUUGAAUUGUCAAUUACCACUAAUGAUAUAAUAGUAACUUCUCCAAUAGUAACAAGUACUCAAAACGUCCAUAAUCUUCCACAUAUGCAAUUUCAUCAUGAAACUUCACCAAUACAAUUACUAACACCUGCAGCAAUGGAAUUAUCAGAAAUUUUAUCCUUGAAUGAUAAAGAUAAUUUAAAAUACUCAAGUAUACAUGAUCAUGCUCACAAUCAAUCUAAAAUAGAUGAAUCAAAAAUCGAAAAUAUUUUUAAUGAAUCAAAAACAAAGAAUACUUUUAAUAAACCAAUAACAAUAAUAAAUGAUACACUUUAUAAUAGUGGUGAAUUAGCUGAAUUGGAAAAUAGAGCUUGUACCAAUGUAUUCAAACGUCAAAAUUUUGAUGAUGAUAUAUCAGGCAUAAAACUUGAUAAUUCUAUGCUGACUAGUAAAUAUGAACAUCAAAUAUUUAAUAUCAAUGGUAAUGUUAUACAAACAUUCACAACAGCUAUUUCCGGGAACAAUAAUAAUAAUAAUAAUAAUAAUAAUAAUAGUAAUAAUAAUAAUAAUAAUAAUAAUAAUAAUAGUAAUAGCAAUAAUAAUAAUAAGAAUAAUAGCAAUAAGAAUAAUUUAAUGAUUGAUAGAAGUUCUAAAAGAUUAAUAGAUAUUAAUGAUACAACUAAUAAAUUAUUAAAUAAUCAUGAUUUUAAAGAUAUGCAUAGUUAUAAUGAAUUAGUAAUACAAAAUAGCAAUGGUAAUCUAAAUAUAAAUAACAGUAAUAAAUGUAAUGAUGAAAUAAAUAAACAAUCAAUAAAUAAUUUAAAUAAUGAUAACAAUUUAAGACGCUCUGAACGAAUUAAAGCUUUAUCUAAAGUUAAAAAUCAUAAUGUUAUUGAUUCAAGUAUUAAUAUUAAUAUUAUAAUGGACAAACAUGUAACUAAUUUAGACAGUGCAAUAUCUAAGCAUCAGUAUGAUAUGAAACACAGUAUAGAUUGGAAUGGGUGUCAGAUAGUAUGGUCAGAUAAUAAUUCAUAUAAAUUAUUAAUAAAGGAAUCACUUAUUAUAAAAGCUUAUCAACCAUCAUUAAACCGUACAACACACUACACCGCUGUAUAUUUUUCCUGA